UAGUGGUGUAUCUGGGCCUUACUGUUCAUUUUCUCCCAGACUCAGUGCUGAGCUGCUGCAACUUGUGCCACCAUGUCGAAGCCUUUGUCAGACCAUGAUAGGAAGAAACAGAUUUCAGUGCGAGGCCUUGCUGGGGCCGAGAAUGUUGCGGACCUGAAGCAGAACUUCAACAGACAUCUUCACUUUACACUGGUCAAGGACAGAAAUGUGGCAACCAGAAGGGAUUACUACUUUGCUCUUGCCCACACAGUGCGAGAUCAUCUAGUUGGCAGGUGGAUCAGAACCCAGCAGCACUACUAUGAAAAAGAUCCCAAACGUGUGUACUAUAUCUCCCUGGAGUUUUACAUGGGUCGCACCCUCCAGAACACCAUGGUGAACCUUGCACUGGAGAAUGCCUGUGAUGAGGCCACGUAUCAGUUGGGUCUUGACAUGGAGGAACUGGAGGACAUGGAGGAAGAUGCUGGUCUGGGGAAUGGUGGCUUGGGGCGACUUGCUGCCUGUUUCCUGGACUCCAUGGCCUCUUUGGGCCUGGCUGCCUAUGGUUAUGGCAUCCGCUAUGAAUUUGGCAUCUUCAAUCAGAAAAUCGUCAAUGGCUGGCAGGUUGAGGAGGCUGAUGAUUGGCUGCGCUAUGGCAACCCCUGGGAGAAGGCACGUCCCGAGUACAUGCGUCCAGUUCACUUCUAUGGCAGGACCGAGCAUCACCCUGAUGGUGUCAAAUGGGUGGACACUCAGGUAGUGUUGGCCCUACCGUAUGACACACCUGUACCUGGUUAUAGAAAUAACAUUGUCAACACCAUGAGGCUGUGGUCUGCCAAGGCACCCUGCGAGUUCAACCUUAAAGACUUCAAUGUUGGCGGCUACAUUCAGGCUGUGUUGGACAGGAACUUGGCUGAGAACAUCUCCCGUGUGCUAUACCCCAAUGAUAAUUUCUUUGAAGGGAAAGAACUCCGUCUGAAGCAGGAAUACUUUGUGGUGUCUGCCACCCUGCAAGACAUCAUUCGUCGUUUCAAGGUCUCUAAGUUUGGCUCCAGGGAGAUUGCUCGCACAGACUUCAGCAAACUGCCUGAGAAGGUUGCAAUCCAGCUCAAUGACACUCACCCAGCCAUGGCUAUUCCUGAGCUGAUGAGGGUACUUCUUGAUGAAGAGAAGCUCCCAUGGGAAAAGGCCUGGGAUAUCUGUGUACACACCUGCGCCUACACCAAUCACACCGUCCUUCCUGAAGCUCUGGAGCGCUGGCCAGUCGACCUGUUUGCUCAUCUGCUACCACGUCACCUGGAAAUAGUCUAUGAGAUCAAUCGUCGCCACCUGGAGAGAGUUGCUGCCAAAUAUCCAGGAGAUGUUGAUCGUCUUCGCCGCAUGUCCAUCAUUGAGGAAGGCGGACAGAAGAGGAUCAACAUGGCCCAUUUAUGUAUUGUGGGUUCCCAUGCUGUCAACGGCGUGGCCCAGAUACACUCUGAUAUCCUCAAAGCCACUGUUUUCAAGGACUUCUAUGAAAUGGAGCCACAUAAGUUCCAAAACAAGACCAACGGCAUCACUCCUCGCCGCUGGUUGGUUAUGUGCAACCCCGGGCUGGCUGAGGUCAUCGCUGAGAAAAUUGGUGAAGACUUCAUUCGCAAUCUUGACCAACUUCAGGCUCUCCGCCAAUUUGUGAAUGAUGAGGCCUUCAUUCGGGAUAUUGCCAAAGUGAAACAGGAAAACAAACUGAAGUUCGCUGUGCACUUGGAGGAGCACUACAAGGUGAAGAUCAACCCCAACUCCAUGUUUGACAUCCAAGUAAAGAGAAUCCAUGAAUACAAGAGACAGCUUCUCAACUGUUUGCACAUCAUCACCUAUUACAACCGCAUUAAGAAGGAGCCCAACAAACACUGGACUCCAAGAACUGUCAUGAUUGGAGGAAAGGCUGCUCCAGGGUACCACACUGCCAAGAUGAUUAUCCGUUUGAUCACAGCUAUUGGUGAGGUGGUCAACAAUGACCCUGUGGUUGGAGACCGUCUGAAGGUCAUCUUUUUGGAGAACUACAGAGUCACGCUGGCAGAGAAAGCCAUCCCAGCAGCAGACCUGUCAGAGCAGAUUUCAACAGCUGGCACUGAGGCCUCUGGCACUGGCAACAUGAAGUUUAUGUUGAAUGGCGCUCUGACCAUUGGUACCAUGGAUGGAGCCAAUGUUGAGAUGGCUGAGGAGGCAGGCGAAGGGAACCUCUUCAUCUUUGGCAUGAGGGUUGACGAUGUUGAUGCACUUGACAAGAAAGGAUACCACGCUGAAGAUUACUACAACCGGCUGCCUGAGCUGAAGCAGGCUAUCGACCAGAUUGCUGGAGGCUUCUUUAGCCCAAAGCAGCCUGACCUGUUUAAAGAAAUCGUCAACAUGCUGAUGCAUCAUGACAGGUUUAAGGUUUUUGCUGACUAUGAAGAAUACAUUAAAUGCCAGGAGAAAGUCAAUGCUCUCUACAAGAACCCUAAGGAAUGGACCAAGAAGGUGAUUUACAACAUUGCUGGAUGUGGCAAGUUCUCCAGUGAUCGUACCAUUGCUCAGUACGCUCGUGAGAUCUGGGGCAUGGAGCCCACGCUUGAGAAACUGCCUGCCCCCGAUGACAUAUAAUAAAACUGUCCACAUGACAGUCAACACAGCCAACUUUUCCCACAGGUUUAAAUGCCUUCAGACUCUACAUGGUAGACUCUGUAAUGUCUCGCAAGAAGCCCCCACAAACUUGCAUCCACAGCAGUUACCACGGUAUCAUAUGCAAACACUUGGAAAGUUUACAUUUUACAUAUCUGCAUAUUUAUGAACCAGAGUUACAGGCUUGUGUUGUAACAAUGUUGCAGUCAUUGCCAGGGACGUAAGAACUCUUACUUUGCUGUUUUAAAGUGGAUAAAAAAACCUUUGUGGUGGGCCUUGUAAAUUUAUUGGUAGUAAUUUUUUUUUUAUUCAAAACUAUAAAGUCUUGUAUUUCUAGUCAGACCCAUUCUCAAUAAAAUUAGUCUUAAAUAUAAACAAAUGACUUGAUUAUUUU